UUAAUUUUAUAUUUUCAAGUGCUAAUUUUGUUGCUGUGUGGAUUAGCUUGGGGAAGCCUAGGCAGACACUGGGUGCGUACGGCAGUUCUUAAUAAUAAUAUAUCUGCUAAAUAAGCGAGUUACCAUCAGAUUCGUAACUAGUACUCUCAGAACUGCUUGCCGGAUCCAACAAGAUGGAAGAUUAUAUCAAAAUUGAGAAGAUUGGUGAAGGCACCUAUGGAGUGGUCUACAAAGGACGUAAUAAGAAAACAAACCAGCAUGUUGCACUGAAAAAGAUUCGUCUUGAGAGUGAAGAUGAGGGAGUGCCAAGUACCGCAAUUCGAGAAAUUUCCAUUUUGAAAGAACUGACUCAUCCCAAUAUUGUUAGUCUGCUUGAUGUCCUCUUGCAAGAGUCCAAACUGUACUUGGUGUUCGAGUUUUUACAGAUGGAUUUGAAAAAGUACAUGGAUUCAAUUCCAUCUGGAAAAUUUAUGGACAAAGAGUUGGUAAAGAGUUACACAUACCAGAUAUUGCAAGGCAUCACAUUUUGUCACUCGCGUCGAGUGUUGCACAGAGAUUUGAAGCCACAGAAUUUGUUGAUUGACAAAAAUGGCAUCAUCAAACUUGCAGAUUUUGGUCUUGCUCGUGCCUUUGGGAUCCCCGUCCGAAUCUACACGCAUGAGGUGAUCACUCUUUGGUAUCGAGCGCCAGAAAUUUUGUUGGGAUCCUCAAGAUAUUCUACUCCUGUUGAUAUUUGGAGUAUUGGAACUAUAUUUGCUGAGAUGGCAACAAAGAAACCUUUGUUUCAUGGAGACUCAGAAAUUGAUCAAUUGUUCCGAAUAUUCAGAGUGUUGGGAACUGCUACUGAUGAUGAUUGGCCCGGAGUAACAUCGCUGAAAGAUUACAAACAAACAUUCCCAAAAUGGAAAAAAGGAAAUAUUGCGGAUUCUGUUAAAAACCUCUCUGAUGAAGGAUUGGAUUUGCUAAUGAAAUGUUUGGUCUAUGAUCCAGCGAAAAGAAUUUCUGCUAAAGCUGCUCUAAUGCAUCCAUACUUCAACAAUUUGGAUAAGAAAGCGUUACCUGGCACCCAUGUCUGCUUGGUCCCCAGGGCUCCCAGAAUUGCUGCCUAAAAAACUUGUCAAUAGGUAUGCCAAGCAAGAAGCACUGCUGCAGUUUGAUACCUCAUUCAGGGAUUGUCAUUUUCGUUUCAUGAGAUUCUCUAUUAUUACUUGUGUAUGAGCUGGUCUGAGUGGUAUUCAAAUUGUAUAAGUUUGUGUCUUCUACGUCUGUUAGGGUUUUAUUAAAUCCAGCAACACCUUUGGAUAUGCAAAUUGUUUAAAGAAAUAUCAAAGCUUGAAAACUUUGUGAUGAGUGAUGCUGUGGGUUUAUCAUAUAUUUCUUUCUUGUGUUUAUUCUUCUUGAUAUCCAAUUUCCUUCAUCUUUCUGAUAUGGACUUUUUCACCCCUUGUGGGACUUUCUUGUUGCAGACAAAUGUUUAUAUCCGAUUAAAACACCUUUGCUGCUA